AUGGAGCAGCUGAAGAUGUUGAUGGUCCUAGUCACGACGGUGAUGGCGUUGGUCAUUAGCUGCAUCACGCGAUCGGUGGUGGCUGGGAUAUUGAUCUUCAUUGGCAGAAUGGGUCUGACCAUAUUCAUAUUAGACCGCUUAUUGGACCAGGAAGAGGAACCCCUCCUCAGGGAGGAAGAGGAGCUGGUGCUGAUGGACUGGCAAGGACUUAAAUUGGAGGAGCCGCUGAUGCAGCUACUGGUUGUGACACCGUCGGUGAUGGCAUUGGUCCUGUUCUGCUUGACAGGGUUGUUACUGAUGAUGAUAUUGGGUUUCGCUAGCACAGUGGUUGUCAUAAGCAUCGGGCUAAGUCCUUACUGCCUUGCUUCAAUCGUGUCCCUCUCGCUGAGAAGCAUCCUCCUCUGGUUGUUGCUUGCUAAGAAGAAAUAG